AGUAAAUCAAUUACAUCAGGUGAUAUAAGAGGUGAAUUUGUAUAAGUUUUAGUAAAUAAUGAAAAUAUCAUUUAAUGUAAAGAAAAUUUUUAAUUAAAAGAAUUACAGAUAGGCGCCUAAGUAUUUUAUGUAUUUAGAACAUUUCUUUUUAAUAAGAUUAGCUCAAUCCUUCUCAUUCUAUGCUUUAAACAAAUAUGGUAACUUAUUCAGAUUUAAAAAAUCUAUACACUUGUAUUUUCUUUUACAAAUGUAAGUAACAGUGAUAGAAUAUUUAUGCAAUAUACCUCUGCAUAUUUCUGAUGAAAGAGAUGGUUGUGAGGGUUAGACAUAAUCAACUCUUCUAGACAGAAAGCAGCAUUGUUGUAAUCGUGCUGGGACAGGUAGAGGUCACACAGUUCAUUCCAGGCUUCAUAAUCAGUCAUGAAACUAAGAAAAAUGUAAAACUAUAAUGAGCAAAGCCAUCUCAGAAGUGUUCACAAGUCUUAUGUUGAUCCCAUUAAAGAUGACAAAGCACAUAUUUUAUACAACAAAACUUCAAAUAAAGAGAAAUGAUGAGAUAUUCUGGUAGGUAUUUUAGCAGCUUUGCGGAAGCCAUCAAAUAUAAUUUUUCUUGGGGUAAUAUUUGUAUACAGAUGUGUUUAAUACUUGUAAUUUUAUGGUAGGCACAGAGACAACAUGACUGAACUGAACCUCUGGUGGUUCAACAACUUUGGGUAAGGGGCUAAAUCCUUUAAUCAAGAAAAUGUUUGAGUUAAGCAGACUAAAAUUAAACACAUUUUGCUUCAUUAUUGGUAACAUCAAUGGUUCUCACUAACCUCUUCAGAUAUUCAUUUAACUUGUGUAUUGCUUCUGUUAUCUUUUGCCUUGCUUUCAAAAUUGCAACUUGUCUUUUUCUUGCAUACUGUAACAAAUUAAUUUUCAUUACUAUUAUAUAGGAUUAGACCUGUAAGCACACUCAUGAAAAAAUAGCUGAUGUCUUUACUUCUCUUGGGAAUUGAACUUGAACAUUUUGGUUUGUCACCUGAACUAUGAACUUCGAAAAGUUUUUUUUAAAACAUUAAAAAUAAUCUAUAAUUUUGUAAAAAUUAGUCUAAAUUUGUUUAAACCAAAUAAAUAAAUUAAAAAUGUCAAAAAUCGUCAAUCGUCUUAUUUAAAAGACACUACAUCAAGCUCAAACAUUUAGAAAUAUUCACUUACCAUAUUGGUUUCAUCUUUUUCUAAAAUACUCUUAUAUUCUUCUUCUGCCUCAGAAUACCUGAAUGGCACAUUAAAAGAAAUUAUAAGAACAUACGUAUUUGAUAUCCUCAAGAUUUAAAAUAUCAAUAUCAGAAUGCAUCCACUGGAACUUACAAAAUACCUGGUACCAAUACAAAAGCUAAUAAAAAAAUAUUCAAAAGAUUAAUUAAUUCAUAAACACAACUCACUCUUCUCUGGCCUCAUAUAGCAUGCCUUGUAACCGCCUGACUCUGAUGCUUUUAGGAAAUUUGUUUUCAAGUGCUUGUAUACAUGACUGGAAAAGAGCAACAAAAAAAAACCCAGUUUAUUAUUUUAAACAUUCAAAUAGCCCAGUGACUGCUCAAUGCUUUUCCCCAGCAAUAGCUUACAAAGAUCUUUGUUGAAUGUAUAUUAGGAAAUGUAUACACACUAUCUGACUUGUCAUUCAAUUUUUUCUAAAGAACUUAGCGAUCAAUUGUUUAUAUGUUUCGGGCCCAGUGAAAAUAAUAAAAUAAAUAGUGCAAUGGCACAGAAAAUCGAAAUGCUCAAAUGGUAUAGGAUAAAAUUUUGACUACCUUUACAUGUUAUAUUGUCAUACAAAUAAUACAUAUGACACUAUCUUUAUUUUUAAUUUAUCAUUUUAGAAGUGUCCUAAUAUUUUCCACGAUUGCACAUUUUUAGAACAUGUUAUUUAAGUUAAUAAUGGGUUCAACAGAAACCAACAGAUUUAUCUAGAGAAUAACAAAAUAUAACUAGCAAAAGUUUUCACACAAUAAAUAUAAUCAGUGUGGUUACCUCUGCAAUAUCAUAUCUUUGACAAUCAAGAGCUGCUGUGCAGACCUGCUCAUACACUAACCACACUGCAAAUAUCAAUAACAUAAUAAUAAUAAUAAUAAUAAAGUUCAUUUCAAAAACACGCUUCAUCCCCAAAGGCUCGAAGCGCGGUACAAAGUCAACAAAAAACAUAUCUAUAAUUUACCACAUUUAAAACAAAGCAACACUACAAAAACUAAUUACAAGCAACAAUCUCAAAGUCUUUCUAGCCAUUUCAAAAUAAAACAGUGCUCAUAAAGUUGAAUGAUGCAUAUAUUUAUGCACUAACACUAACAUUACAACAAUGUAACUUAAUUAUUGUUCUUUCCUGUUAGUUUGUUCAGCAGCAAAGACAAGCAUAUAGACAUAAUUGACAAUUUUAUUUUAACAUAAUAGUAACAUAUUUAUUAAAGGAGCUGUAAAUUUGCUGGUAAUACUGACCCCAGCUUCUAAUCUUAUGAGAAAUAAAGUAGACAGGUUAGAGGAAUUACUAGGUUAAUGAAUCCAUUCCACCCAGCUGUUAAUCCAUAGCCGGAGAAAACCUUGAAAACUUUGAAACUGCUACUCCAAUGAGAGGCUAACAACAUAACCAAAGCACCACAAGGCAUACAUUUUCAGAUCUUUACUUACAUUCAUCUCCAAGUUUUUGGCAACUGUCCAUUAAAACUGUGUCCCAUAUAUUGACUACCAAGUCUGAAUCCCUUGUUUGGUCAUCUCUGAAUUUUUUAAGAAUUGUCCGUGCCUCUGUUCAAAUAAAAAUAAUUAUCAUUGAGAGAAUAGGAAAAGUUUUAUUAUUAAAUUAAAUACAAAAAUGUUAAUAUGCUAUUUAGUUUUUUGCUCUUACUCUUAUCAUUAUUAUAUUGUUUUGAAAAAUAGGCCUAAUAUUUAUUCAAUUUUAAACUAAAAAGUAGGCGUAGCACUUUCCUUUAACAGCAGAGCCUUGAUUAGCCCUGAAUCAUUUUAGACUCUAAUUGUGAAUAAAUGUAAAUAAAAUAAAACAGUAUAUUUUUAAGGCUGUCAAAUUUUUGUUACAAAAUACAAGCCUACGAUAUUGAAUAAUUUAAUUGAUAGUCAUUUAUUUAUAGGUAAAUAGGUAAAAGUACAUUUCAGAUGUGUACAUUAUUUCUUAACAAAUUUCGUAUUUUCGCAUGUAAAUUUAUUUGAUUCUUUAUUAAAUUAAACCCAGACAUGUAGCUAAAACUAAAUUGUACAGGGAUAACUUUUAUUUUCAUUACUUGAUAAUGCAUCUUUGAACACCCCAAUGGUACAUAGAACUUCAAAGAUCUCUCCAUUUUGUGAUUCACCCUAUCUGCCAGAUUUUUUCAUCUCUAAGAGUGUGUACUAAAUUAAAUUUUGAAACUGAAGGCAUGUUCACAAAAACAAAACAAGAAAUUAAAUUUAUAUUAAACUAAUUAUUGAUGUUUAUUGUAAAUAAAACAACAGUUAUUAUAACAGAAAUAUAUCAUGCCAUUGGAAGUUUUUCAAAUCCAACAAUAUUUAUAUAUGGUUUAUGAAAGAUAUAGCUACAAAGUCAAAGCUUUGCCUAUGUCCAUCAAUUCAAGCAGAGGACUAUAUUGCUGUCUUGACCUACUGGUAUUUAUAUAGCUAUAUUAGUAAAUAUGAAAUUAAAGCCUCCAGCCCUGAAGGAAUGGAUAUUAUGAGUUCAGUACCUUCAGUAUUUGAAUAUGGAUUGAAUCAUCAAGUGCAUGUGUACUAAAUUUGGUCUAGAUCCAUUCACUUAUGCAGGAGACUUUGUUUGAAAUUAAAUUUAUUUUGUUCAUAUAAGAAAAAAAAAAAGAAUUUUGGGCCCUUCAGCCCGAAUGGAAAUUUUUUUAAAGUUCAAAGCCCCUCAGUAUUUCAUUCUUUUUUGUGAACAUGCCUUCAGUUUGAAAAUUUUGUUUAGCAUUCCAUGUUAUUGGUGAAAAAAAAUCUGGCAUAAAGGGUGAAAAAAAAAAUGAUUCACUUUCACAUUCAGAGGAUUUUAACCAUUGACCAUUGGGUGUGAUUGGGGGCUGUUCAAAGAUGCUUUAGAAAUCAAAAGAAAAUUUAUCGAUGUACAAUUUAGAGUUAGUUAACUGUUACUGCCUGGAGUUAAUUUAAAUAACAAAUAACACAAGUUUACAAGCAAAAAUAAGAAAUUGGUUGAUAAAUAAAUAAAAUAUGCACCUGAACUGCAUGAAUGACAUAUACCUACUUAGGCUACUUAGAUAAUUAAUAUAAAUAGGACUAUCAAAGCAUUCAAUAGCCUUAUUAAGCCUAAUUAGUUUAUUAGCAUGCAGCAGGGUAAGUAAUAAUAUCAUCAAUUUUAAUUUAUUAUUAACAAUGGCCCAAAUGGCCAUGAACAUGUAAGUUAGUAUGUUAAAAAUGACACCAUAAAAUAAAAGCAUUGAUAAAUUGUUAAAUUAAAAACUUAGCCUACAUUUGGGCACAUAUUUGGCCCGAAUAAGAAGAAUUUGCAUAAAGAAUCAAUUUAAUUUUUAAAAACCAAUCAUACUAGUACAGCAUAGUCUUAAUUAAUUAGACACUUCAGAAAAGCAAGGGAGACUACUAAAAAAUUUAUAUGGGAAAUGGACGUCUGCUUUCUUUAUGAAAUUCAAAGACUACGUCUUUCAUAUUAAAACUUGCAGAGCAAUGUAUAUUGAUGUAUAUGUGUACCAAUUCUCAUUGAUGUAAGUCGUGUUCAACAUUCAAUAUGCUCAUCCUAGUAACCUGCAUAAUCACAAGGUAGCUCAACCUAAUUUUGACCACGCCCCUUUUUAUUGGCAGAAAAUGUUGAUACUGAUACUUAGGAAAUAUUCAAUUAUUACCACAAUUGACAUCAAAAUAUUUGAUAACUUGUGUUUUAGAAUGAACUUAGAAGGCAUUUAAACAAGAAUAUUUGAAUUUUCAAUCUAAAAACCUAGUCCAUAUUAUAAAGGCAGUGUCUAUACGUCCGGCGAGCGGAAAAAUAGUGCGGGAGAUAUUCUUCCGCUGGCAUGCCACGUGACCGCCUGACGACAAAUAUGUGUUAUUAUUCCGGCAGACAUGUCAUCUUACAAGAGGUCGCCGGCAAAAUUUAAAAACACAAAAUUUUUAAAUAUGAACCAAACAAAAUAAGACGAAUACUUGCCACCCGACUGUCAACAUACCUACUGUCAAAAAAGUUAUAUUUUAGGCUAUUAAUAUUGCGUGAGAAGUAGGCUACCCCAACAGCACACUACAUUAGCCCAAUAUUAAGAUAUAGGGUCGCUUUCUUUGUGAACUUUCAGCCUCCUCGCCUUAAUUAUUUAUUACCCUUACUAUCAUUAUUUUCCUUUCCCCCUCGCUCUCAGUAUUUUUUCCUUCUAGUAAGCAUUGCUUCCCCCCCCCCCCCACUUAUUUCUUCAAAUGAAGUGUAUACUCUGCCGCCCCCCCGCCCCAUUGCAUCUCCAACGCCAGUUUAUGAUCAACUAUAAGUGGUCACGUGACAAGACUGACGGACAAAUAACUCGCCCAAAUUUGUUACAGCGUUCAUGUCACCUGGUCACCGGACGAAUAUCUCAAAAAUUAUUUGUCCGGUCGCCGGACAUGUAGACACUUCGUUAUAAAUGAUCAUAAUUUGCUGUAUGCAAAACGUCAUGGGCAGCCAUUCACAGUCACUUACUAUACUACCUUAGUAUUAUUCUCAUAGUUUCAUUCAUCAUAAAAUUAAUGUCCCAUGUCCAGGUGCAAACACCAUUAAAUCAUAAUCAUUGGUCAAAGAAAGCUUUAACUUUAAUUAAUUAGUCAUGUGCAAAAGUUGAAAGUUCAAUUAAGUAGUCCCAUACCAGUAUUAUUUUACCUUUCCUUAAAAUGCCUUAUAUAGACUAUAUAUAAUGGUCGCUUAGUAAACAGCACAUCCGUAUAGUCAUAGUAUUUAAUGCAAUAAUAUUAUAUAACAUUGUUAAAAUUAAUAUUAAAAUUAGAACUUUCAAUACCAGCACUUAAUAAAAUUAUCAUUAAAACAAGAAUUGUUAUGCGUGAUGCGAUCAGAGAAUGGGGUCACAAGAUGUGGAGGCGAAGGUGCAGUCCAUGAUCCAUCAUAAUCAUACAUAGUCAUAGUACUCGCACUUUAAAUAAAAAUUCACAGCUAAAAAAGUACUAAAUCUAGCAAGUUGAUUCUGGUUUCAUUUUUUUGUUUGAAAUUCGCUCUAUACAACUGUAAUAUUUUUAGGAUUUUUUUUUACCGCAGUUACUAGUCUUAAUGAUCAUAAUCAUAGUCAUACUUUGUAAGGGUUCAGUUGUUUAUCGAUAACAGGUAGCACACAAUAAAACAAUGAAUUAUUAUGUGCAACAAAGAGAGUUUGAAGAAUUAACAUGAGGAAUGAGAUAAUUGGGUCAUAUCUUAAAAAAUCAACAUAAAUAGUAGUAUUUAAACAUAUAAAAAUUAGAAAAAAAAUAAAUAUCCACCAUCAAUUGACAUUUGCUGCGCCAUUUUGUUAGUUAUAAAACUUGUUUGACAGAAGGUAAAAGAAAACAAAAUAAUUACGAUUUACAAAAAAUAUUUAAUGGUCUAAGAAGAAUAAAUAAUAUAAUGUAUAAAACAUUAAUUAAAUAGAAUUAAAAAUAUAUUACAUCUUAUUAAUUUCGUAUUAUUUAUGCGAACUGUAUAUAUUUUGGUUUGUUCUCAUGACUUAAUUUUUAAAUUUGUAUGUUUAGAGUUUCCUAGCAACAUUUGAGGCUGCUGUGUUGUAUAGACAGUGUGAAGACAACAUUUUCUGUAGACAAAUCGAAAAUAAAUUCUGCAAAAUGAUACCUCCUAACGCAUCACUUGUCAAAUAUGACAACCCUGUGUUGGUCAGUAGAAACACAGACAAGAAAACGCCCAGGGUAAGUUAAUAUUUUAAAAUAAAUAGUAAAUCACUUGACUGUGACUUGAAUUUUAAGUUGAAAUUUUGUUUAAUUUUCAUACAAAAAUACCACUAUGAGUAUAAUGUACAUCUUAUCCUUUGUAUUUGUCCAUUACUUUAAAACUUAAAAAUUGAAUUGCAAUAAUCCAAAAGAUUGACAUAGUUGAAGCUUGUGCAACUGUCUGAAAAUUAAGACAUUUAAUUGAAAUUCAAUAACUAUUUUAAUUUAGAAUUCUUUUUUAAUGCCUUCGCCUUCAAUACAUAAUAAAAUAUAUUAUAUUUACUAAAUUAUUGAAUGGUAGAUAUGAAUUCAGAUCACUAGCAGCAAAGACUAAAAUCAAUAUUAGUUGGUCGAGUCUUGGUCCACACCAAAUGUUACCAAAUGAAACUCCCCUAAAAAUAAGAAGCAUUAUAGAAAUUUGGAAAAAAAAUUAUUUGAGAAAAAGAAUAUAUACCUUAUUCUUUUACUUCUUUCCAUUAAAUACAAUUUUGAAAGAAUAUUUGCAAAAUAUCUUUUCGGGGAUGCAAAAAAAUGUAUUAAAAAUAUAUUCUGUAAAAUUAUAACAUACUGCAACGCUGGCCUUAGGUAAACUUUGGCCCUGUGCAAAGCACCCAUUUGGUGCCCCCUUCCCUGUCCCUGUAUUGCUCCGCUCUUUUUUCAGUUACGACAUAAGCUAUGAAACAUGUGUUAUGAUGCUAUACAUGUAGCUAACCAUACACAUUAUAAAAUGCACAGUAAUUUAGAAUGUUUAGUUUUUCUACGGUACUUUGUUCCCUUUCCACACCACCUUUGGGGUCGUCCAUAAUCUGCCCCUUUGAGAUAGGAACUAUUGGCAUGUUUUUGUUAAAGGAGUAUCCCCAGGCGUCCCUAUGGCCAUGGCGCCCUGUCAAGGGCACAGGUCGCACACCCUAAGGGCCGGUGUUGCAUAAUGCCACUUUGAAAUAUUUUCAAUAAAUAGCGGACAAGAUAUGUUUAGUAGUUUUGAAAAAAAGACAGAAAAAGAACUCUUCACAGGUAUCUGGGAACACUUAAGUUUUUCAAAUUCAAAUAAUUUGUUUUUCUUGUUUUGUAUUGUAUUUUGAAUAAGGCAUUUAGCCAAAAUGUCCCUUAAUUGUUCUGUCUUUUUUCCCAAGUUUAAUUAUAACUUGUUCCACCACUAUUUAUUUAUUUUACAUGGCUUGAAUGGAGUCCCUCAUAUAUUAUUAAAUGCUUUAUUUACAAAAUUGUAAAAAAAAACUCAUUUGAAAAAUAUGAAUUUGAUCUUUUAGUUAAUAUUUUACUGUAUUUUUACCUCAUAAAAUAAACAUACAAUUAUUGAAUAUAAUUAGUUCCCACCUCUUAAAACAAAAACUUUUGAUUUAAAAAUCAAUUUUUAUAAUGGAAUUUUGUGAAAUGUUUAAAUCUAUCAAUUUAAGGCAAAAGCCCUCAAGGCUAGCCCAACUCCUCCUUCUGCCACUGGGCCAGUUCCUGCCCCACCCAAGCAAAGCAAAGGGGGUGCCAUGGAUGCCAAAGCUGCUCAGCAGACUGAUGAAAUUCUAAACUCUAUAUUGCCACCUAGGUAAAAUGCAUAAGCACAUGGGACAAUAUUAUGUCAAUAUAAUAUGUAUAUGAUCGUUUAAAAUAGGUAAUUUGUUAUUUUAAUUAUGUCUUUUAAAUACCCUUCAGGGGGUUUUAUUAUCUUCAUUUCCUUUGGGAUCUGUUUGUGCCAUACUGAUGGAACUAUUCCUGAUGAAGCUAUAUUAAUCUAUGAAAUGACAAGAAUAUAUUGGCUUUUUAAUCAAGAAUCUAAACCUGAUUUGGCCCUAAGAUAAAAAUAUUAAAAAUAAUUUUAAAAAAUUAAUCAACAAAUAUUUUUAUAAACUUUGUUACUUAAGGGAGUGGACUGAGAGCGGGCAGCUGUGGGUCCAGCAGGUAUCAAGUACCCCCGCAACCAGACUUGAUGUGGUAAAUCUUCAGGAGGAACUGGACAGAAGGCUCCAGCAAAGGCAGGCCAGAGAAACAGGAAUUUGCCCAGUUCGACGUGAGCUGUACUCACAAUGUUUUGGUAAGAUGUGGGCUUAAGAUAAUUCUCUAAACAUAAAAUUUAGCAAAAAAUUUAUUUUUACUUAUGCUUUUUGCCAAUAAAAUCCUUAUGGAGCUUUGAAAACCAAAACAUGUUUUAUAAGUAAAAUUUUAAGAAGAAGCCUGCUAUUGGUUCAAUAAUUUCUAAAUUUUGUAUUUCAAAAAGGGUUUCACUUUCAUUGCUUGUGUCUUUAUGCUUAUUUAAAACACUUGAAUUUGUAGAGGAAAAAUUUGGAGUUUUAUAUCACAAAUAUUAAAAAAUAUAUCUAUUGCGUAAAAAAUGGUUGCAGCAAACAGUAUGAAAUACAGUAUGAAAUGAAGAUAUAAAUACAUGGAAAAAAUCAUGUAAAUCAACACAAUUUAAUGUGCACUCUGUAUUUUAAGUAAUUAAAAACAUUUAUUUUGGAAUAUGCCAUUCAAAUCCUUAUUUUUCUUCCCUGCAGAUGAAUUAAUCCGUCAAGUGACAAUCAAUUGUGCUGAGCGAGGUCUAUUGCUUUUAAGGGUGAGGGAUGAGAUUCGCAUGACAAUUGCAGCCUACCAGACACUUUAUGAAAGCAGUGUUGCAUUUGGAAUGCGUAAAGCUCUCCAAGCGGAACAGGGAAAGGCAGAUAUGGAAAAAAAGGUUAAUUUUAUGAAUUGGUAUUAUUUAGGGUUGCAUGUUCAUAAAUGUAACAUUAAUUUAAUAAAUUUAAAGCUUGCUGUGCUAUUCUGCCCUUGAUGUGCAAUGAUAUGAUUUACAAUAAUUCAAAUUAAUUUGCGAUGAAUGUCAAAAGUAAAUAUUUUUGUUUUUUAAAGAUAUUUUCUCAGGUUAACUCAUUCCCUCCGGAAGUACAACUUCCGUACUUAAUUUAGUUUCCUGAGAAAAGGGAAGCAACUCAGUUUUGAAAUUGAUUUACAUUUUAAAAUAUUUUUUAAGCUGCUAAAUAAUAAAUGUUAAUCAAAUAAGGAAAAAUGCAUAAAAAAAUGAAUAAGGUUUAAUAAAAAUAUAACAUUAGCAGCGAAAAAAUAAUGAACAAUGGCCAAAAAAUCUAUUUUUGGCACCUUGGACGAACACAUGCUACAUAUAGACGCGCUGUUCUAGAGCACACAUAGUAUUAAAGUGAAACAAGAUAAAAACUUCUGGUUUUUAAAUUAAAAUCACGCAGAAAUCACGCCAUAGCUGGAAGUCUCGAGGAACGGGACAUUUCAUUGCUAUUUUUAACUAAAAAUAAGAGAGGUGUCUCGCUAUGCGCCGGGAGGCAUUUGGAUGCAUCAGGAGAAACCCCCAAAGGACGCAGUUAGUCGCAACCAUCGGGAAUGAGUUAAAUAGGAUUACUUAAAAGAAAAGUACAUAAAAUAGUUAUGACUAGAGCGUGGAGUUUCCUUUUUUGUCUUAUAUAUUUACAUGUCGGUAGAUAAAGAUUUUGUUUUAAUGCUUAAAAUAAAUCUUUUAUGUCCAGAUUUUGGAGCUGGAAAGUGAGAAACGGGACCUGGAGAGACAGGUGAAUGAACUGAAAGCCAAAUGUGAACAAAUUGAGAAGCGUGCAGCUGAACAAAGACAAGUGGAAGAAAAGAAGCACACAGAGGAAAUUCAGUUCUUAAAACGUACAAAUCAACAACUGAAGGUAGAAAUUCAUUUACACUCAAAAUGUGAUCAAAUGUUAAGUGCUGAAAAAUAGAAAGCAAAAAUAUCCUUGACAAUUAUUGUCUACAAUAAUUCUUUGAUAUUUUUUUUAUGUUACACUGGCAUAUCAAUACCAGCUUCCUGAAAUUGUAUGAUGAAAUUUUAUGAUUUGAUAGCAGAAAUAGAUGAGAAAUUCUGCUGCAAUUAUUAAAAAAAGGAACAUUUUAAAAAUUAGAAGAAAAAAAAGAAAAACAGAAGAGCAAUAUUCAAAUCAUUAUAAUUAUGCUUAAUGAUUCAUUAUUGACUUUGUAAUAUGUCAUGUGUACAUCUUGAUCUGCAAACUUACUUCUCAAGGAUUCUUUGCUGGUGGCUAAAGCAAUGGGUAAUUUAUGUAGAAAUAGAUUUAUAUUUCACAUAUUCAUUUUUUUGAAUAUAUCAGUCUCACAGAAUGCAUCACAUAAAUUGAUGCAUGUACAGAGUAGACCUGCUGAUGAAUACAUUGUUUAAAAUAUAAAAAAAAUAAUUCACUUAGAAGUAAUUUGGUUUGUUGCAAUAGACUAUACAUUCACACAUUUACACAAUUAUCAAAAUAUAUUUCACUUUUUUUUUUUUUAUGAAUUAUGUAUCUUAUUUUAGUAUAUUUUUUCCACAGUUUUAAGCAAUAUUAUUCUUAAGAAAUUAUUUUGCCUAUCAUUUCAUCUGUUUUCAACUCACAAUAAGCAAAUAGGGCUGACAGUCAAAGGCAAUGAGCCUUUUGGUGGGAUAUUAAUAUACUUAAUCAAUGGAAUGUAUCAAUCUCCAUAUAAUUUCAUUUUUGUAGGCAGUCAGAACAAAUUUGCAUGCAUGUUUUUACUAAUAGAUGAAGAGUUAAGUCAUGAAAUUAUAAUAGAUUUUACAGUCUAUUUACAACAAAAAAACAACAACUAUUUUUGAAUUCAUGUGAGUGGUUUAUUUAUAUUUAUAUAAAUCAGACUUUAUUAAUCUAUUUAAACAGCAGAUUAGAAAUACCAUUGGGGAUGGUGUGUGAAUUUUCCAUGCAUUCUAAGCUCAUAAGAUCCCCUAAACAAGCUGUUUAAAAUAAAAUACUCAAAAAUCAGUUUACAUAACAACAAACACAAUAUUCACCAAAUUACUAUUUUUUUCCUUACUAUUUCAAACAAAGAUUUUCAAACUUAAUAAAAAUAAUACAACUUUAGACUGCUUUAUGAACAUUCCUAAUUUUUUUUUUUUCAUUUAAUAAAAACAGACACAGCUGGAAGGAAUAAUAGCCCCGAAGAAAUAGGCAGCAAUAAUGACGACAGCAACAACAAAAAAUUGGAAGAUUUACAGAGCUUUGAUACAGAUGAGGAUUUCUAUUUCAAUGCACAACAACCAUUUCCUGGAAACAUAGACUUAGGUGGCCUUGAUGUCAUGCAAGGGGAGACAACUACGUAUCUACUGGAGAAAUUCAUUCAAAUUUGACCAAUGGAUGAAUUGUGUAAUGCGUUUUUAAAUUUUAAAUUUGGAGUAGAUGAUAAAACCUCACUUUUUAAAAAAUUUUUGUUUUGAACAAAUAAUUAUUUUACAAGUCUAACUCUAUUUUUUUUAUGAAGGAGAUUAUUCUAACAUCAGACAUCUUUAUGGUCACAUGUUUUUAGUAGUUUUUCUGCCUGAUCUAUACAUAUCAGAUGGACUGCACAUCACUUGCUGCAAAUUAUUAAUAAUAAAUUAAUGACAAAGCUACAACAUCGGCUUAAAAAAUUAAUUUACAUAUCAAUUUCACAACACUAAUUCUAUUAUAAUUUAUACAUCUAAUGAGAGGUUUACAACAAGAACAAAAACACCCAGUAACUUACAGUAAACUGCUCAGAGAUUUUCAAUAUUGCUGUUAAUCACUGUCAGAACUGAAUGACAUCUUUUAUUCAACCUAUCAGGGUUGGAAGGUCAGCUGCUGAUUUUUGGAUGCAAACGUUAAGUAGUUUUACAGUAUACAUAUGACAAUGAUUGUUUUGUCCUAUUUGUGAACCAUAUUUUAAGUAUACCAUACUGCUGAAAUGACCAACUGCUUCUCACCUUGCAACUUUUUACACUCUUUGAUUAUUAUGUACAAAUAAGUGGAAUUUAAAAAUGUUUUACUUUUUAAACUAUAUAAAUAUUUGUAUUAAAGAAUUAUUUUCUGACUAGUUUAUUGAUUAAAUUUGAUGUUAAGUUCAUCACCCUACCACCUUUUCAAUGAGUGGAAAACUGCUGUUCACUGUGAUAGUAAUAAAAAAAAUUAUGCAAUAAACAAUGAAAAAAAAACAGUUUUUUGGUUAUGCUCAUUUUGUUGUACAGUACUAUACACUCUUGUAUUGUUUUACAGUACUGUAUGCUCUUGUUUUGCUGUACAGUAGUCUAUGCUCUUGUUUUGUUGUACAGUACUCUAUGCUCUUGUUUUGUUGUACAGAAGUCUAUGCUCUCGUUUUGUUGUACAGUGC